AUGGCUGAGGAAAUGGACCUUGCCUUGAAACUGUUCGACGAAAUGUCACUGCAUAGUUUAUCACCAGAUUACUGGACGUACUCUAUACUCAUUAGAUGUUACUGCAAAAAAAAUCAGCCUGAUGAAGGGAGUAAGGUUCUGGAUUGUAUGAUCGAAAACGGGUUUCGACCAAAUGUUGUAACUCUUACCAUUUUAGUGAAUUCACUAUGCUCAAGAGGUAAAAUUCAGAGAGCUUUUGAAGUGUUGGAGAUGAUGGGUAAAUUUGGGUGCAACCCAAAUAUUCAUACUUAUAAUUGUUUGUUAAAAGGGUUGUGCUUUGUUGGAAGGGUGGAGGAAGCUUAUAACAUGUUGAUGAGUUUAAAGAAUAUGGGUGAUAAUCAAGAGAGUAAGAGUGUUGUUCCUGAUAUUUAUUCUUACAGUGCUGUAAUGGAUGGUUUUUGUAAAGUGGGUAGAUCAGAUGAAGCCAUGGAAUUGCUUGAGGAAGCAAUUGGAAUGGGAUUAACUCCAAAUGUGGUUACUUAUAAUGCUCUCUUUAAUGGGUAUUGCAAAGAAGGAAAUCCAAGGAAAGGGAUUGGAUUAUUAAGGCAAAUGAAGGAAUUAGGUUGUGUACCUGAUUAUAUAAGUUACAGUACUUUGCUUCAUGGGUUGCUGAAAUGGGGUAAAUUUAUGGCAGCUUUUUGGGUUUACAAAGAAAUGGUUGAAGUUGGUUUGAAGGUGGAUGAAAGAAUGAUGAACAUUAUGCUAAGGGGUUUGUGCAGGAAUUCAUGGGAAGAGGGUGAAUUGUUGAAAAAUGUGCAUGAAAUAUUUGAAAAGAUAAAGAGUUGGGAUUAUUCCAUCUUUCCUGAGACUUAUGGUCUAUUAAUUCAUACAUUUUGUAUUGGGAAAGAGGUUGAUAUGGCUUUCAUUACUUUGCAUGAGAUGGUUGAAGCUGGGUAUUUUCUGAGGAUGGUGACUAUCAAUCGAAUCGUUCGUAGACUCUGUGAUGAGGGGAAGAUUAGCCAAGCAUUGUUAGUUUUAGUUCUUGUGUUUGAAGCUGGUAAAUUUCCCAGUAAAAUUAGCUUUAACUUUUUGAUUGAGGAGUUCAAUAGGCAAGGGAAUGUGCUUGGUGCUUGCAAUGUCUAUGGUGCAGCGUUAAAGGUUGGUGUGAUUCCACACCAAAUGCCUUUAGUUGCUCAGCAAUGUAGAUCAUAA